CCCAAAGCCUGAAGAGAGGACAGUCACUGGCCAGAGCUCCUGUUUUCACAAGCCUCGCUUUAAUUGAAAACAUUUCCUCCCCAUCCUGCAGCUUUCCAGCCCGCAGCCAUGAAGCGGUAGUGUCGGCGCCGAUCUGCAGCCGCAGCUUUUAACUGAGCGACACCUGCGCUCUCUCCCUUCCUCUGUUCCUCCUCUGUCUUUUGUCUCGCACAUCUCUGCAGCUCCCGGCCAGCAGCGCAGGAGUGGAGGAGGAAGAGGAGGUGGUGGUGGUGGAGGAGGAGGAGAGGUAGGAAGAGGAGUGGGGUGUACCUGACACCCACAGCCCGCAGAAGCAGCCCGGACCGGCCGCCGACAGAGUUUCACUUCACCCGGCGCUUUGUGCGGUGUGAACGGGACGCACUCUGAAAACUCUUUCAGAUCCAGCUGAACGCCAGAGAAAACAUCUUCCUUUUUGCGGGUUUGUAAGAGAAGGCGGACAUCGGAAGGUGUGAAGAUGCGCCUGUGUGUGCUCCUGUGCGCCGUGGUGGGUUUAUGCGCGGCCCCGGGCUCCGUAUCCGGGGCGGACAGGAGCUGCGGGGACCUGCGGCAGUUCUACACCGGGAAGGGGUUCACGCUGGAGGGAGUCCCCCUCACUGAGAUUUCAGGUGAACAUCUGAGGAUGUGUCCUCAGGGUCCGACUUGCUGUACCAUCGCCAUGGAGGGAAACCUGGCCGGUCUGAGCGCCCAGGAGACCGAGGGACUGAUCAGAGAGGCCGGCAGGUCCCUGCAGGCAACUUUCAACAAUCUCCACAGGAGCUUUGACACGUAUUUCACGGAGCUGCACGGCCAGUCUGAGCGCAUGCUGCAGGAGGUGCUGUCUCCGCUGGGCCCCCUGUACUCCCAGAACGUCCGUCUGUUUGCAGAGCUCUAUGCUGACCUGCGUCAGUACUACCGGGGCUCAGCUCUCCACCUGGAAGAGAACCUGUCCGAGUUUUGGUCCCAGCUGCUGGAGCGAACGUUUAAAGCCUCUGCCCCCACAGAGGUCAACCUGUCGGAGGAUUACCUGGAAUGUGUUGCUAAGCAGCAGGAGACGCUGCGGCCAUUUGGAGACAUCCCCCGGGACAUGAAAACGAAAGUGAUCCGGUCUUUUGUCACAGCCAGGUCGUUUGUCCAGGGCCUGCUGGUCAGCUCAGAUGUGAUCAGGAAGGUCUCACAGGUGUCUCUCGCUGAGGAGUGCACCAAGGCCCUGAUGAAACUGGUAUACUGCCCUCACUGCCGCGGCCUGGCCUCGGUCCAGCCCUGCUCCAACUACUGCUCAAACGUCAUGAAGGGCUGCCUGGCCAACCAGGCUGACCUGGAUCCGGUGUGGCAGGCGCUCAUCGACACAAUGAUCCAAGUAGCGUCCAGCUUCAGCACAGAACCCAGCCUGGACGUGGUUCUGUCCUCCAUCCCCAUGAGGAUCUACGAAGCUGUGCACCACCUGCAGCAAAACAUGGACACAUUUACAGCUAAGGUGUUCCAAACAUGCGGCUCCCCAGGUGAACCAGGAACAGGUACUCCAAAAGCCCACGAGCAGAAGAAGAAGAGCGGCUCGCUGACUGCGUACGAAUUCAAACCGUCCCCAACGGCUGGGCUCAGACUGGAAAUCCAGGUGUCAGAUCUGUCCAGUAAACUGAGGGACAUGCGUCAGUACUGGGUCCAGCUGCCGGUCGCGCUGUGCAGCAAACUGGCGGCUGAAAGCAACAGUCAGGACAACUGCUGGAACGGGAUGACCAAAGCCAGGUACCUUCCAGGGGUGAUGGGUGACGGUUUGGCAAAUCAGAUCAACAACCCAGAAGUGGAUCUCGACAUCACAAAACCCAUCAUGAAAAUCCGACAGCAGAUCAUGGAACUGAAAAUAAUGAGCAACAGACUAAAAGAUGCACUGGAAGGCAAAGAUGUGGACUUUCAGGAUGCAAGUGAGGAUAUCAGUGGCUCAGGAAGCGGGAUGUGUUUGAGCGGUCAGUGUGCUCGGAAUAGACCGGGACUUUAUGCCUACGCGCCGGAGACCAAGCCAGUCGGAGGAGCGCCCACACCUCGCAUCGGCGUCUGCAACCUCCCGCUGCUGCUCCCAUUCACCGUCCUGCUGCUCCAGCGAUGAUGGACCCCCUUCACUGCUUUGUAUGAAGGGGCCUGAGGACUGAACAACGGGAAAUGGGGUUGAAUGGGAGGAAAAGUGGAACAAAACUUUGCCAAAAAGACAUUUUGUUGAAUGGAUGAACAUUUUCCUUGACUUAAAGGAAUGAAAAUUGACCUUACUCUUUACUUUGCUGUGCUUCAAUGUGUUUUAGUUUGAAUGUGAAUUAGUGUGAGGUCAGUGGAUCUUUUGAUGAGGAUGUUUGAAAGAAGACAGUAACAACGAUGAAGAAGAUGUCUGUAGCUCCAGUUUCCAGCCAGCAGGUGACCUUCUCUGUGGUGCGUUCACCAAGGAUUUUUAAAAAAAUGUUAUUCAAAUUUGUCUAACUUAAGCAAACCAUGUACGCUGUAAAUGUUUGUGUACAUUACCUUUAAAGCUGGCACCAUACUGAGCCAUGAAUGUACAACAUAAUACUCUACUGGCAAUGAAAUCCACAUUAUCUGUGAUGUUGAAAAGUGAUCCAUUCAGUCGAAAACAAUGCAGAGAAGUCAUCACACUCUUGAAAUGUCUGAGUUUUUGUGAUUGCAUCAGUUUAUCUUACUUUUACUUCAAAGCCUGAAAUGAAAUGUCCAGUUUUUAAACGGCGUUACCUUUGUAAAUAAAGGAAUGGCCUCAUCAAAGCCUCCAAUAAGCAAGAGCACACGCAUUUUCUAAGAACUGCUUAUUGAGGGCGAGGAAUUUCAAAGUAUCCUUGUUUCCAAUUACCACAAAAGAAAAUGUAAUGAUUGAACAAACUAACAAAAGAGGAAAAGCUACUGUACUGCUACUGCAGGAGAAGAUUUCUUGAUGAAUGCGUUCAGAGGUACUUAACUCAUCUCAAAGUGAUUGAUUAACUAGUACAUCAAACCAAAGCUUCAUACACGGCACACAUCACUGUACACAGGUUGUGGUUAUGAAACCAAUAUUUCACAACAAGAGAAAAGGUUUUCCGGUUCUUCAAGCUGCCUGGGUUUGUGUAUAUACAGAAUUUUUGCAACAUUCUUUCUACAUUUGACUGGUGAUAUUAUUUACUUUGGCAUGCCUUCUUUUAAAGUCUACCCUACUUUCCUGUUACAGACAUGUUAAUUUACACAAAUAGCAGCAGUGUUAAAAACGCACAUACUUAUGCAGUCUGGGUCUCUGUAUUAGGCGGGUUUUUAAUCAUCAGUGUAUUUAAUCACACCUUUCAUCCAUUAAACUCUGGUUGAUUGUAGCAGA